AUGGAUGAACAAAACUCGAGAACGAAAAAACUGCAACUAUUUGAUGAGUUAUGUCACAGUAAAAAAACUGAAAAUUUUCCAAUGACAGAUCCACUACUUCUCGAAAACACCGAAAUUCUUCCGGACAGCUUUGAUGACUUUUACAACGAGUUUUCGGAUAUGUUUAAAACCAAUCUAACUAACUUGCAACCAUUGGAAGAUCGGAUUAGAGAAUGUGAAGCGAUUGUCAACGAAUAUGUCAAUGUGUUUUUUCAACAAGAAAAUGAUUUGUUUAUUCCGAUGAAACCAGUCGCUCGUUCGUUUGAUUUGACUUUCGAAGAAUUAGAGAAUGUCGAUCCCGGUAGUGAAUUAGGUGUAGUUCUUAAACGAAGACGACAGAUUCAUGCGAGUUUCUCAGUUCGUGAUAAUGAAAACGAUCGUGAAACAGUUGAAAAUAUUUGUUACAAGCCAUUUCAACUCGAUUUUUACAACGAUCGGGUAUUCAGUGUAGUUGUUGAUGUACUGGAGAUUUUGAAUAAAGUCUCACUGGUACAAAAAUUCAAGGAGAAUUUUCUCUUUUGUUGGAAUCGAAUUGUUCGAAGUGAAAUGAGUCAACACAUACUUCUUGAUACGUUUUGGUGGAUUUAUUUGCGAUAUUUUGCAAAACCAACGAAUGCUGAUGAAGAAUGCGAGAAAUAUUUCACGCGUAUAGCGAAAAAUUACGUUCAAUUACUACUGUCGGUUGAUUCGUGGUUUCGAGAUAAAUUUUUCAAUAUCUAUGGUUCGUAUUUAUCUCAAGCUGUCUACCAAAUGUACUUCGACGUUUGUCCCGAUUCACGAAUGAAUUUCACGGAUCAAUUCAAGGAAUUCAUCGCUAGUACCAUUUCUGAAUGGGCAUCAGGAUCUCAAGCAACUCCAGAGACGUAUAAACGCUGGAAAAUUCGUGCAGAUGCAACAAUGUUAACAAGCGACAAUGCAGCUCGACAGAAUUCUUCCCCAGCUGAAAUUUUUAAGAAAAUUCGUCGACUUGAAGAAGAACUGGACACGCUAGGUGGAGAAAGUGGAGAGGAGACUGCUCGAUCAGCAGUCGUACGAACACCGAAAAGAAAUGUCUCGAUUGACUUUAGUAAUCGAGUUGAACUUGAAAAUGAAUUGGUUGACCUGAGCAAUCAAAGUACAUUAGUAGCUUGGUUUUUUCAACAAUGUGAUAUUCAACCGAAUACUCCACGCCUGAGAAAUAUUGAACGAACAAAUAUAAAAGGAUGGCCAACAGAGCACUGA